GCAGCCGGCUGGGAGGCGCGCCGGGGCAGCCCCAGCAGCGCGCCGCGUUGCUGUAAUCGGACACCGAGCGCUCCCCCCAGCGCCGGCCACUUGCCAUUCACUCUGAGGUGCCGGCUUGAGCGACGUGGAGCAGGGCUCCGGGUGCCGCGGCACUGCCGGCCGGGGAUUCCUUUACAAAGAAACUCCGAGGUCCCCGCAGCAAGAAUCCCACCCUCGGGACGCCCCAGACAUCCAGGUCUUCCGGGGGAAGGACCGACGGGACUGACGAUCCCACCCGGGAACAAGUGGAUGACUUCUCGCGGAACGCUUUCCACCUCGGUAUUUCCCUUUGGAUAUUAACUUGCAAAUCUGAACAAAUGGCAUUCCAGGCGAUUUGUGUGUUGGUUGGAGUAUUUAUUUGUUCUAUCGGUGUCGGAGGAUCUUCUCAGCCCCAAGCAAGAGUUUAUUUAACAUUUGAUGAACUUCGAGAAACCAAGACCUCUGAAUACUUCAAGCUGUCCCACCAUCCAUUAGACUAUAGGAUAUUACUAAUGGAUGAAGAUCAGGACCGGAUCUAUGUUGGGAGCAAAGACCACAUUCUGUCCUUGAAUAUUAACAAUAUCAGUCAAGAACCUUUGAGUGUUUUCUGGCCAGCAUCUGCAAUCAAAGUUGAAGAGUGCAAAAUGGCUGGCAAAGAUCCUACUCAUGGCUGCGGGAAUUUUGUCCGUGUGAUUCAGACCUUCAACCGUACGCACUUGUACGUCUGUGGGAGCGGAGCGUUCAGCCCCGUGUGCACUUACCUGAACAGGGGAAGGAGAUCUGAGGACCAAGUAUUCAUAAUUGAUUCGAAGUGUGAAUCUGGAAAAGGACGAUGCUCUUUCAACCCCAAUGUGAACACUGUGUCUGUGAUGAUCAAUGAGGAGCUUUUCUCAGGAAUGUAUAUAGAUUUCAUGGGCACAGAUGCUGCUAUUUUUCGAAGUUUAACCAAGAGGAAUGCAGUCAGAACUGAUCAACAUAAUUCCAAAUGGCUAAGUGAACCUAUGUUUGUGGAUGCACAUGUCAUCCCAGAUGGCACUGAUCCAAAUGAUGCUAAGGUGUACUUCUUCUUCAAAGAAAAACUGACUGACAACAACAGAAGUGCAAAGCAGAUCCAUUCCAUGAUUGCAAGAAUAUGCCCUAAUGACACUGGUGGGCAGCGUAGUCUUGUCAACAAAUGGACCACCUUCUUAAAAGCAAGGCUUGUGUGCUCAGUCACAGAUGAAGAUGGCCCAGAAACACACUUUGAUGAAUUAGAGGAUGUGUUUCUGCUGGAAACUGACAAUCCAAGGACAACUCUAGUGUAUGGCAUUUUUACCACAUCAAGCUCUGUUUUUAAAGGGUCUGCAGUGUGUGUGUACCAUUUAUCUGAUAUACAGACUGUUUUUAAUGGACCUUUUGCCCACAAAGAAGGACCCAAUCACCAGCUGAUUUCCUAUCAGGGUAGAAUUCCAUACCCUCGCCCUGGAACUUGUCCAGGAGGGGCAUUUACACCCAAUAUGCGAACUACCAAGGACUUUCCAGAUGACGUUGUCACUUUUAUUCGGAACCAUCCUCUGAUGUACAAUUCCAUCUACCCUAUCCACAGAAGGCCUCUGAUCGUCCGCAUAGGCACAGACUACAAGUACAUGAAGAUAGCUGUGGACAGAGUAAAUGCCGCCGAUGGGAGAUACCACGUCCUGUUUCUUGGAACAGAUCGGGGCACUGUGCAGAAAGUAGUGGUGCUUCCUACCAACAGCUCCACCAGUGGGGAGCUCAUCCUAGAGGAGCUGGAGGUCUUUAAGAAUCGUGUUCCUAUAACAUCAAUGAAAAUUUCAUCCAAGAAGCAACAGUUGUAUGUGAGCUCCAAUGAGGGGGUUUCCCAAGUGUCCCUGCACCGCUGCCACAUCUACGGCACAGCCUGUGCUGACUGCUGCCUGGCAAGGGACCCAUACUGUGCCUGGGAUGGCCACUCUUGCUCCAGGUUCUACCCCACUGGGAAAAGGAGGAGCCGAAGACAAGAUGUGAGACAUGGAAAUCCACUGACUCAAUGCAGAGGAUUCAAUCUCAAAGCAUAUAGAAAUGCAGCUGAAAUUGUUCAGUAUGGAAUAAAAAAUAACACCACUUUCCUCGAGUGUGCGCCCAAGUCUCCACAGGCAUCGAUCAAGUGGCUGCUGCAGAAAGACAAAGACAGGAGGAAAGAGGUUAAGCUGAAUGAGCGCAUCAUAGCCACGUCCCAAGGACUGCUGAUCCGUUCAGUCCAAGAUUCUGAUCAAGGACUGUACCACUGCAUUGCCACAGAGAACAGCUUCAAGCAGACCAUAGCCAAGAUCAACUUUAAAGUUUUGGAUUCAGAAAUGGUCGCCGUCGUGACUGAUAAAUGGUCCCCUUGGACCUGGGCUGGCUCUGUGAGGGCUCUGCCCUUCCACCCGAAGGACAUCCUUGGAGCGUUUAGCCACUCUGAAAUGCAGCUCAUCAACCAGUACUGCAAAGACACCCGGCAGCAGCAGCAGCUGGGAGAAGAACCGCAGAAGAUGAGAGGGGACUAUGGCAAGCUGAAGGCUCUCAUCAACAGCAGGAAAAGCAGAAACAGGAGGAAUCAACUGCCAGAGUCGUAAAACUGUGAUUCGUGGGGGUUUGCUUCCUGAAACAAAUGCUCUGUCUUCAAUGAUCAAAUCCUGAGCAGUCUUGUGCUUUACCCAUGAGAAAUUCCUGACAAAAGCUGGAGACUUGCUCUAAUGUGAGUUCUCUGGGAACUGAAAUGAGCAUGCAUCUUAUUGUAUGAUACAGACUAGCACUAGACAUGUCAUGGGCCUCAUGGUGCAUAGAAAUAUUUAACUUAACCAGAUUUUAUUUAUAUCUUUAUGUCUUUUCUUCACAAUCAGUGUGGUGGCUAAAGAAGAAGAAUUGUUACACCCCUCGAUUGAAGGAGGGUCAGAAAUAACCCUGCACUAUCUUCCCUGGUCUAGGGGUUUAGUUAUCUAAUUGUCAGUGCUUUUUAUGUAUGAAAACAAAUUCCAAUUCAUAGUUUUCACACAGUAAAUGUCAUAUAAAUGCAUGUGAUGUAAUGGUCCUCCAAAGGCAUGUAGGUUAGAUAAAUGACAGGAAAGGGAACAUCCAGAUGUUAUAUAAAAGCAAGUGUGACUCAUAAAGAGAAAGAGAUGAGUUUAUAUGCUUCCAGUGAAAUAUAUCCUUGUUUUUUUUUUUUUUAAAAAAAACUGUAAGAUGUGUCAGUUGCUGAUACCUGUCAUCAAUCUUUGCUCUCUUGCUUCAGGAAGAUAAAAUGAAUAACCUGCACCACUGCAGUCUUUGAUGGGUGAUGUGUCAGUGAGGCACUGUUAUGUUGUCAUCUUCCAAACAAAAGUACUUUGUGGGUUAUUGGGGAAGUUAUUUAAGUUAUUAUAGACAUACAUAUACUCUUACAUUAUUUAAUUGAUAAUUGCUUUGGUUUAAAUUUUCUAGCCUAUUGAAAAAUAAACCAUAUAAGGAGAAAAUGUUUUCAAAGUAUCCAACUUCUACAUAGAGAAUAAAACCACCAAAAAGGAAAAACAAAAUCAAAGUUCAAAUUUUGUUAUCAGAAGAAAUUCAUACCUGGCUCACUUUCAACUUCAAUAAUCAAGUUUUGUGAUUAAUCUACAAGUUUGAAAAAUAAAUUUCACAUAGAGUACUGAAUUUUCAAAACAAGAUUUCAUGGCUUUAUAAUUUUAUGUGUAUGUUGGAGAGAAGAUCAUUAUGUCAAGAAAACAAAAGUCAAUAUAAUAUAAUAUGAACAAAAAUAGACUUCUUGUGAGGAAUAUUUUUGUUCAUGGAUAUUGCUUUU